GCCUUUUUUUUUUCUUUCCUUCCUGCAAGCACAAGGCAUAUGCUCUUCUCUAUAUAUAUACACAUGCGCAUUCACACGUUUUCUCUUCACGGAUUCAUCCACAUAUAUCCAUCCUUCAUUCGUCUUCGUCUCCACGCAGCUGCUAGCCCGGCGCCCAGGGAUCUAGAGAUGGCAGGCUGCAACGGCGACUCAUCGGCCUCGCUCAUCGAACAACAAGAGCAGAUGGUAAUCGAGAAGAAGUUUGGAGGGAUUGCACCUAAGAAGCUUCUGAUUUCAAAGGACCGUAAGCGCGCCUAUUUCGAUUCAGCGGACUGGGUCCUUGACAAGCAAGCUUCAAACAACAGUGCACAGGCAGCAGCAGCAGUGGAAUCCUUGAAGCCAAAGCUAGAGAGGACACCCCGUCACCAGCUUCCCCCUCGCAAUCCGGCCUGCGCAUCCAGCUGAUCGACUGUGAUGAAGCUAGGAGGCGCUCACCAGAGCCGGAGAAGCUUAGUUCAAUCGAUCGAGUCAGGGUCAUAGUCUCCGAUUGGACUCUAUGUUGUUGCAGUUGCAGCCUAAUAGGAUUGUCAGAACAGAGUAGACAGUCAUGCUUAAUUUCAGCUUGAGAUGGUGUUUGGUUUUAAGUACAUUUGUUUUCUGUCAGCAACUCAGAUGCCUCUUGGGAUGUUUUCGAGACAAUGUCUCCGGGGAAAAAAUUGUGACUCAUAGCAACCAUCGGCA